AACUGCCGGCGUGCGUCCGGGAGCCUCCUGACGCUGGCUGUCCAUGUCUCUGGCAGCCUAGUGGCAGCAUGGCCACGGUGGCAGCGGCGGCCCGCGGGGCCGGGGCGAGGGCGGUGGCGGGGCUGCGAAGCGGCAGCGGGGCUGUGGCUCGAGGACGACCGCCCGCGGACUGCGCUCGGCGCCUGUGCACUGCCCCGGCUGCCCCGGCUGCUGUGGACAUGAAAAGCUACCUGUGGGCGCGCUACCACGAGGCGAAGAGGAGCACGGACGAAUUGGUUCCCUCCAUCAUGAACAACUUGCUGAAUCCAGAUGCCAUUUUCUCGAACAAUGAGAUGAGCUUGUCGGACAUCGAGAUAUAUGGCUUCGACUACGAUUACACCCUGGUGUUCUAUUCCAAACACCUCCACACGCUCAUCUUCAACGCUGCCCGGGACCUUCUCAUCAACGAACACAGGUAUCCUGCAGAAAUCAGGACGUACGAGUAUGACCCAAACUUUGCCAUCCGUGGACUCCAUUACGACGUCCAGCGGGCAGUGUUGAUGAAGAUUGAUGCCUUUCAUUACAUCCAGAUGGGAACGGUGUACAGAGGCCUCAGUGUUGUUCCUGAUGAAGAGGUCAUUGACAUGUACGAGGGGUCCCACGUGCCUCUGGAGCAGAUGAGUGACUUUUAUGGAAAGAGUUCUCACGGGAACACCAUGAAGCAGUUCAUGGACAUCUUCUCACUGCCCGAGAUGACCCUGCUGUCCUGCGUGAACGAGCACUUCCUGAAGAACAACAUCGACUAUGAGCCUGUGCACUUGUACAAAGAUGUCAAGGACUCCAUACGGGAUGUCCACAUCAAGGGAAUAAUGUACCGAGCCAUCGAAGCGGACAUUGAGAAGUACAUCUGUUAUGCUGAGCAGACCCGCGCGGUGUUGGCUAAAUUGGCUGCCCACGGCAAGAAGAUGUUCCUCAUUACCAAUAGCCCCAGUAGCUUUGUAGACAAAGGGAUGCGGUACAUCGUGGGGAAGGACUGGCGGGACCUUUUCGAUGUGGUCAUAGUUCAGGCCGAGAAACCGAACUUCUUCAAUGACAAGCGGAGACCUUUCCGAAAGGUGAACGAGAAAGGUGUCUUACUCUGGGAUAAAAUCCACAAGCUGCAGAAAGGCCAGAUCUACAAGCAGGGCAAUUUGUAUGAAUUUUUGAAGCUCACUGGAUGGAGAGGAUCCAAAGUACUGUAUUUUGGUGACCACAUAUACAGUGAUCUGGCGGAUCUGACCCUGAAGCACGGCUGGCGCACUGGAGCGAUCAUCCCCGAGCUCCGCUCCGAGCUCAGAAUCAUGAACACGGAGCAGUACAUCCAGACCAUGACGUGGCUGCAGACCUUGACCGGGCUCUUGGAGCAGAUGCAGGUCCACAGAGAUGCUCAGUCACAGCUGGUUCUGCAGGAGUGGAAAAAGGAGAGGAAAGAGAUGAGAGAAAUGACCAAAAGUUUCUUCAACGCCCAGUUUGGGAGUUUGUUCCGCACAGAUCAGAAUCCAACCUACUUCCUGAGGCGCCUGUCAAGGUUCGCGGACAUCUACAUGGCAUCUCUGAGCUGCCUCCUGAACUACGACGUCAACCACACAUUCUACCCCAGGAGGACUCCCCUGCAGCACGAGCUUCCUGCGUGGUCGGACAGCCCGUCUGCCUUCAAAGCCCCUCUGCUGCAGGAGGCUCAGGCCAAGUAACCCUGUGUUUGCCUGAGGAAAAAGCCAGGAGCAUUCGUGGCCUCACAGAGGGUCAGGUAGCCUGAGAGUUGCUUCCCAGAGUCAGAUGCGCCUUUUGUAUUUUUUCUACCUUACCAUGAAUACUGCCCUGUCCAGGUUGAGACAGGAGCCGGCCACCUGGGGUCCCCUGGCCCUUCUCCACACAACACUGAUUCCGUCCUGUUUAACGUGGAACCAACAACGUCAGGCCUCUUGACGAGCGCACCCUCUUGAUGGCCGUCUGUGUUCAGUAGGUCAAGAGUGGACACCUUGAUUCUGUGAGGCAUUUCUUGGUUGUUUACACGCGGUUACAUUGAGGACCGCAAGGGCAUGGUGAAAUGCAGAGACAGUAGGAAGCAGGUUGCUGAGGAAGCAGCCCUACCUGCGGCCAGUUCCCUGGUCUUCUGGUCCUAGGCUUUCAAAGACGCUUUCCCAUAGAAAUCACAGCCUUCCGGAAUGACUUUGCUGAGGAAGAACAAGAAGCGUUUGUCCUCAGUGUACACUUGCUUUGUCUGCCCGAAGGGGUGACGGAUGGGUUCCCUCCUCCCCAGGAAAAGGGUAAGGACACAGCCACUCGAGCUAACGUUGCCUUUCAGCCAGUGGGUCGGACAUAAUAGAAGACAAGAAAGACGCAAAGCCUUGGGACUCGGCCUGUGGCCAGCGCUAGCCCGUGUGCUAGGCCAUCCAGCAUAGACAGCUGCUGAUGGGAACGCCAUGUUUCAUGCCGAGAGCCAAGCUGGGGAAAUCUCCUCUGCCCUUCCCCCUGGAGGGAAGAAUUCUUGUUACGUCUGUUUGCAGUAUCUUUGAACACAUUUGGGCACCACAGGAGUGGCUGCUGUCACUGACAGUUCCGUUCAAUGGCGUUUUCAUUGCAAAGGCCAUGGAAGUGCUGGUGGCCAGAUUAGCCUUGUCUCCUGUGGCCUGACGCCUUGUAAGCUUUUACACUAACGUGGCACUGCUGCUGCCGCCACCAUAGCUGCCGCCGCCAUAGCUGCUGCCACCAUAGCUGCUGCUUCUUUCCCUUGCCCCCUCCUUAACCCCCUACCCCUAACCCCCACCCCUAGUUAGGGUCUUGCUAUGGAGCCUGGGCUGGCCUUGGACUCAAUCCUCCUGCCUCAGUCUCCGGAGUCUCCUAUUAUAGGCAUGCAAAAGUGUGAAGACAGCAGGAGCAUGAAGGAGACUGUGGCGAGUGCUUG